GAGGCCGACAGCGGAGAAGACGACUGCCGGUUUCAGCCCAGGAGCAUCAGCGAGAGCUUCCUCACGGUGAAAGGCGCUGCCCUCUUCCUGCCACGCGGAAAUGGAUCCUCCACUCCCAGGGUCAACCACCGGCGUAACAAACACGCAGGAGACCUCCAGCAACACCUUCAAGCCAUGUUUAUGCUGCUCCGCCCAGAGGAUUACAUCCGGCUGGCGGUGAGACUGGAAAGCACCUAUCAGAACCGCACACGGUACAUGGUGGUGGUCUCGACGAAUGGCCGGCAAGACACGGAGGAGAGCAUCGUCCUGGGGGUGGAUUUCUCUUCCAAUGACAGCACCGUUUGCACAAUGGGGCUCGUCCUGCCGCUCUGGAGCGACGCUCUCAUCCACCUGGACGGCGAUGGGGGCUUCAGUGUUUCAACCGAUAAUCGGAUACACAUCUUCAAACCGGUGUCUGUUCAGGCCAUGUGGUCUGCCCUGCAGAGCCUCCACAAAGCCUGCGAAGUGGCCCGGAUCCACAACUAUUACCCCGGCAGCCUUUUCCUCACCUGGGUCAGCUACUAUGAGAGCCACAUCAAUUCCGACCAGUCGUCAGUCAAUGAGUGGAAUGCUAUGCAGGAUGUCCAGUCCCACCGCCCGGAUUCCCCAGCCCUCUUUACGGACGUCCCGACAGAGCGCGAGCGGACAGAGCGUCUGAUCAAGACCAAACUGAGGGAGAUUAUGAUGCAGAAGGACCUGGAGAACAUCACGUCCAAGGAGAUCCGCACGGAGCUGGAGAUGCAGAUGGCGUGUAACCUGCGGGAAUUUAAGGAAUUCAUCGAUAACGAAAUGAUUGUCAUCCUGGGCCAGAUGGACAGCCCCACGCAGAUCUUCGACCACGUCUUUCUGGGUUCAGAGUGGAACGCCUCCAAUCUGGAAGACUUGCAGACGAGAGGGGUGCGAUACAUUUUGAACGUCACUCGGGAGAUCGAUAACUUCUUCCCCGGCGUUUUCGAAUACCACAACAUCCGGGUUUACGAUGAAGAGGCGACGGAUUUGCUGGCUUAUUGGAAUGACACCUACAAAUUCAUUUCCAAGGCAAAGUAA